GGCAAGUCUUAAUAGGAAUGGAUUAUCUUGGACAAGUAUUAGUCAGAUUUAAGAAUGCCCAUUAUCCGCUAAAUAGACUGGGCACUAGGCAACAAUCCCCCCGUCCGAGAACAAUAGUCAUUGUUCACUCAUGAUGCCCUCAGCACAACCUUCGUGUCUUCAAUCAUUAUUUGAACAAGUCCUUAUACAUUUGUAUACAUAAAGAAGUAUCGCAUUGUAUUCUUGAGUCAUCUCCACCUGUCAAGUCAACAGAUCUCACAACACCCCUCAAGACGUGAUCAUCAAAAUGGCUUCAAUGGAAUCCCUAGGUCUUCAAGAAUCCAAUCUUGCGUUUCCUACCACUCAUAAUCGAGUUAGGAAUUUCGCUCCUGAUGUUAUUCGAGAAGAUGCGCUGGCAACUCGAAUUAUCGUCCACCAAGACUACCCAGAUCUCGUUGAGAGGUUCCUAACGCUUAAGCGUGGGACCGCCGCGACCAGCAACACGCAGCAGCUGUAUGCUCACCCGUGGACUUGGCAACAGCAAGUCAGAAGACUUAUCGAGAAGCGGCCUUUAGCUUUUCUUAACGCCAUAGACAGCACGUUCUUUCGUAAUGGGCGUCGCCUGGCAAAUGGAACAGCGUUUUGGGAUGCGGUAGGCAAGGAAGGCACGAACUACUCGACAUUGCGGGAUUAUCUGUCUUACGACGAGAUCAUGUUGGGAAGUUUGAUAGGAGUCAGUGGUCCGAGCUACUUCAUCAACGACGGUAACCGGUAUAACCAGGGUAGACCGGGACGCCCAGGAACGUUUGAGCCCAGAGGUGUCAUCAUUGGUUUAGUCGGCCCGCGUUUCGAACGGCUUGACCAAAUGGACUCUUGUCUGAUUCUAAACGGGGUAGGACAUAGCCAAAUGCACCCGUCUAUCGUGAAUGCGUUUGCUCAGUACCUCAAUACGGAAAAGUCGCAGGAUCAGUUUGAUAGAUCUAUGUACAUGGCACGUGUAGGAAACACUCUUGAGAUUCUACUGCUCGAAGCAAACGAACGUGCCAAAGAGGUCAGUCGAAAGGCGUUCGUACAUGUCGUUGGCCUUGGUCUUGGAGUAUGGAUGUAUGAUUCUCGUCAGACAGACUACUAUGUCAGAGCCCUCGGCGAAACCUUGACGAGACUGAGAGGAAGACUGGGACGGAUAGGGACGAUCUAUUUGGCAUGGAUUGACGCAUCAAGACAGAACCAGGAAAUACUCACCAACAUAGCCCAGCAACAAGGCAUCAAGGUCGCGUUUGGGAGACGUAAUCCUGCUGCUAAAUUAACCGGCGACGACACUGGCAAGCUACUGGUGGUAUCUUACGCAUGGGAUGGAAACUCCUUCCCAGGUAACGAAUACUGGAACGGCUCCCUGUCUGCGAGCGGAGACCCGGCUGCGGCUUGCAUGAGUACCAUCCCAGAGCUGCACAACCCGAUGGUCAAUCCCAGGUUUCUAGAUCGAGUCCACGUCCUUAAACGCGAAUAGUCUCAGGAAGAGCAAACAUAUCGACCACGAUAACUUAGGGCUUAUGAAUAGUAGCCCUAACCGUAUGACCUAAUAGGCCUUAAUUAUAGCACCUUAUUACAUAUACUUGAAAAUUAUGCGCUUCGUGAAACUUUGUGAUACCUGCGAAUGCUUAGUAACCCGUGUUUAAGUCUGAAUACUCCCUGGUAGUUAUGUAUGUUGUGGGUUGUGGUUUGAAAUGGAUAGGAAGGGAUGAAUUCUGAUCAGAGAAGCUUAACUCCUCUUCGCCAAGCAUGCGGAAGAAAAUGUGUCGAUCGAAGCCGAGCGCGAGUGAUCGAUGAUAGCUAGCGUGGUAACCUGAUAGCUUGGAAGAGGAUCAGCUACUGAGUAAGUUUGCAUGUGGCUUGCGUGAUAGCGGAUGAUG